UUGAUUUGAGUAGAAGGGUGUAUUGUAAUCUUAUCAGUACUCAUAGGAAACAAACAUAUUUUGUGUCAUUAGGAAGAAGUGACUUAAAUUGAUUUGAGCAAAGAGACACAGAGAUAGGCUGGCAUAAUGGGGGCCUCACAACUGAUUAAGAAACUCAAAUAAAUAAAUAAAAAAAAACAGGACAAAAUCAUAAAGAAACCAAACAGGGAAAAGGAAAACUCAGAAACCAAAUGUCACCUCUAAUUGUCCAUAAUGGUAUUAAUAAGGAUGAGGUUCCAUGUGAGUUUAUCUUCUUCCUUUUUUCUCUUUGCAAAGACUCGAUUGGGCCUACCAUAACUUGCUUUCCUGGAAAGAAAAAGGUGAAAAAGAAAAGAAAAGAAAGAAGAAAAGUUAUACAGAAAGAAAAUAACAGGUCAUAUACAAAGAAAGAAAGAAAGAAGGAAAUGGAGGAAGAGAAGAAGAUGAUGAUGAUGGUGCCUACUACCAGUACUAGCCCAGAAAGCCCCAAAGACGAAGCCACUAGCCCAAGCUGGAAACUUUAUGAAAACCCAUUUUAUAAUUCUCAUUCCCAUCAUCAUAAUCAUCACCAUCAUCGUGAUCGUGAUCAAACGCUGCAAAAACAGCACCAAUGCCAGAGCAAUAGUAAUAGUGCAAACAAGAACCUUCAGUGCCUUCACCUUCCUCUCUCGGCGAGAAAGUUAGCUGCUUCUUUCUGGGAUCUGACCUUCUUCAGGCCUGUAAUGGAGUCCGAGCUCGACCAGGCCCGAGCCCAGAUCGCCGAUUUGAAAACUGAGCUCGAGUACGAACGCAAGGCACGUAAGAAGCUGGAGUCGAUGAACAAGAGGCUGGUCAAAGAGUUGACCGAGGAGCGUAAGGGAAGAGAGGCCUUGGAGAAAAUGUGUGAAGAGAUGGCCAAAGAGAUUUCCUUCGAGAAAUCGGAGAUUGUUAGGAUGAGGAAGGAGAUUGACGAGGAGAGGAAGAUGAUGAGAAUCUCUGAGGUUUUGAGGGAAGAGAGAGUUCAGAUGAAGUUGGCCGAGGCCAAGAUUUUUCUCGAAGAGAAGCUUUUGGAGUUUGAAAGCUCUAAGCCAAUCCCACCUGAGAUUCCCACUAAGGCUGCUGUUAGUUUCUCGGGAAAAUUUAGACAGUUGGUAUUGGGUGAGAGGGAAAAAUCAGUUACCAAUAGUGAUAAACUCAAUCGGGUCGAUUCAGUGGCCUCUUCAAAAUCAUUCUUUGGUCAUGAAAAGUCAUCGGCUUGUACCAACCAAGACAUUGAUUUUGUAUCAGAUAUAUCAUCAAGGUCAGUAUUGAGUGAGAAUAUGAAUAGUUCUGCUGGUUUUUCAUCAUCGUCUUUACCAAUUUUCCAACGAAAAUCAGCCUCACCAGAAGCUGAAAAUCCUCAUAUAAGGAGAGGCAUUAAAGGGUUCGUCGAGUUCCCAAGAGUGGUUCGAGCAAUUGGAUCGAAACAUAGGCAUUGGGGUACCAAGUUGGAGUGUCAAAAAGCUCAGCUAAGGAUUCUGCUUAAGCAAAAGAGUCCUAUUGGGUCUAAUAGUCUUGUUAUGAGUUAAAACAUUUUGAUCAAUUUCUUCUUCUUUCUUCGUACAAGGCUUGAUUUUUCUUUUUUGAUCAAAUCUGUAAUCUUUUCUUGAUAAUCUUUUUUGGAUUCUUAAUUUCUUUAGCAGGGUGACAAGUGUAUGUGUACUAAAUCUGCAUAUUGUUCUUGAGAAACCACUAGAACUAUGGAGUACAUAUGGUUGAAGUUUGUGUUGUAUAAAAGUUUUUAUGAUUUGGUGUA